AUGGCCACCCUCCACUGCCAGAAAUGCAGAACUCCACUGAAGAUAGACUCCUCGCUAGAAGAUCUCAACCCAGCAUCUUUCAAUAUCCUAGCGGACGCUGCACCAGCACUGGAACCGAAGGCGCCCAGUGAGCCUCGUACUGCAGCAGCAAGGCAACGAAGGCAACAGUACGAUGAGGUCUCCAAAGACGCCGGUCCGCCCGUACAGAAACGGACUGUCGGAUCAAACCAGCGCGCGGCAUCAAAGAUGACUCCGGACAUGUCCUUCAUCAUGCUUUCUGACUCUCAGCUCUCUCCCGGUAGAGCUGAGGAGACCGCCCGAACGCCACCCAAGAAGAAAGCGAGCUCGAAGAAGUCUGAAUCUUUGCCUGUCCCAAACGGCGACGAGAACUCGUGCUCACAGCAGAUGGAGACUGUUGUUCGCUUGUUCGAGAUCCUAUCUUCAAGGUCGGACAUCGAUCAUCCAAUUUGCUCCGAGUGUACAGAACUCGUUCUGGAUGGGUUGCAGAAACGGCAGGCUGGCGUAGUCAGAGAAAGGGAUGCCUAUGUCGACUUUCUGAAGAAAGCACAGGAUGACGUUCCUACGGAGGAGGAGAGGGCGAAGACUAAGCGUGGCCUGGAAGAUGCUCAACGACGUGAGAAGGAAGCGCUCGCUGAAUUAGAAACUUUGGAAGCCGAGAAAGCCAAACUAGAGGAUGACAUCGCCACUCUGGACGCUGAAGCAGAAGAGCUGGACGAGGAAGAAGAGCGCUUUUGGCAGGAGCGCAACGCCUUCACCGCCGAGUUAACAGCUUUCCAGCAGGAGCGGGAUAGCCUGCAGGUCCAGAUCGCGCAUGACACCAAGCUCUUGGAAGCCCUGCAGCGAACGAACGUUUACAACGAUACCUUUGCGAUUGGACAUGAUGGUUCUUUUGGAACGAUCAAUGGACUGCGUCUGGGAAGGCUUCCAGAUCAGCCCGUAGACUGGACGGAGAUCAACGCGGCAUGGGGACAAGCAUCGCUUCUCCUGGCCGUGGUAGCGGAGAAGCUCAACUACAAAUUCCAAGGUUACAAACUUGUGCCGGUGGGCUCUACCUCCAAGAUUGUAAAGUACGAUUCGAAACAGCAGUCUUCAGCCGACAGUAAGCCCAAGGGAACUGUACUCGAGCUCUUCAGUAGUGGCAACCUAUCUCUUGGGCUCGGCCUCUUUCAUGGCAGGAUCGACGACGCCAUGGUGGCCUUUCUGGAUUGUCUCCGCCAGCUGGGAGAGCAUGUAUCGCAGACCUCUGCCGCGGCAGGAGAUACAAACGUUACGAAGCUACCUUACACUAUCCACAAAGACAAGAUCGAAAACGUGAGCAUCCGCCUUGGGAACUUCACCGGUGCCGACGAACAGUGGACCAAGGCGUGCAAGUUCACGCUCACAUGCUGCAAGUUCCUGCUGGCACAUGCAAGUCAUCUGGACGAUUCGAAGCCAUCGCGCUGA